AUGGCCAAGUCCCCGAGCUUUCUCAUGGUCACAACUCUUCUCGCUCUUGCCCCACUUUGCUUCUCUCACAAGACCAGUGGGGGUUACCUCUACCCACAAUUCUACGACGGCUCGUGUCCGAAAGCCCUAGAAAUUGUCAAGUCUGUCGUUGCAAAGGCUGUAGCCAAAGAAGCCCGCAUGGCUGCUUCUCUGCUUAGGAUCCAUUUUCACGAUUGCUUUGUCAAGGGCUGUGAUGCAUCAAUACUCCUAGACAGCGGUGGAAGCAUAAUCAGCGAGAAGGGGUCGGUCCCAAACCGGAACUCGGCUCGUGGGUUCGACGUAAUCGACCAGAUCAAAUCUGCACUGGAGAAGGAGUGCCCUCACACAGUCUCUUGUGCUGAUAUCAUGGCUCUAGCUGCUAGAGAUUCAACUGUCCUGUCUGGUGGACCUAGCUGGGAGGUCCCAUUAGGAAGAAGAGACUCCAGAAGUGCAAGCUUGAGUGGCUCAAACAGCAACAUUCCUGCUCCAAACAAUACAUUUCAGACUAUCCUCACCAAGUUUAAGUUCCAAGGGCUUGACAUAGUUGAUCUUGUGGCACUGUCAGGGAGUCACACAAUUGGGAAUUCAAGAUGCACCAGUUUCAGGCAGAGGCUCUACAAUCAAUCCGGGAAUGGGCAACCUGACUCCGCGCUGGAGCAGUCAUUUGCUGCUCAAUUGCGGACAAGGUGCCCAAGAUCUGGUGGUGACCAGAACCUGUUUUUCUUGGACUUUGUCACUCCUACAAAGUUUGAUAACAGCUACUUCAAGAACUUGUUAGCCUCAAAGGGCCUCUUAAGUUCUGACCAAGUUCUAGUGACUAAGAACCAAGCAUCAAUGGAGUUAGUGAAGAAAUAUGCAGAGAAUAACGAGCUUUUCUUCGAGCAAUUUGCCAAGUCCAUGAUCAAGAUGUCAAAUAUCUCUCCAUUGACUAGUACAAAGGGAGAGAUCAGAAAGAACUGCAGGAAGAUCAACACUUAAGACCGCAUUAUUACAGCAGCA